AUGAAGUUUGGAAGCCGCACUUGCAUUCUGAAUGUGGGUGGCACCAAGUACGUGUUCCGCAGAGAUGUGAUCAAGGAUUUCCCUCUCAGGAGAGUCAGUCGUCUCCACGGCUGCGUGUCGGAGAAAGAGGUGCUGGAAGUGUGCGAUGACUACGACCGGGAGAGGAACGAGUUUUUCUUUGACCGACACUCGGAAGCUUUCGGCUUUAUCAUGCUCUAUGUGAAGUAUGGCAAGCUCCGCUUCGCCCCGCAGAUGUGCGAGCUGGCUUUCUACAACGAGAUGAUCUACUGGGGGCUGGAAAGCGCGCACCUGGAGUUCUGCUGCCAGAGGCGACUGGACGACAGGAUGUCCGAGACUUACACCUACUACUCAGAGGAAGACACGAAAACAGAGGACGAGCUGAGAGUGGAGGAAGAGGGCGAGGACCCGGCGGGACGGGGCAGAGGGAGCGCACAGUGGCUGGAGAGGAUGCGGAGGACUUUUGAGGAGCCCACGUCCUCCAUAGCCGCGCAGAUUCUGGCCUCGGUGUCGGUAAUAUUUGUGAUUGUGUCCAUGGUGAUCCUAUGUGCCAGCACGCUGCCAGACUGGAAAACUGCAGAGAACAGAAGCGUGGACGAGCACAGGUACACAGAGCACUUAACGGACCACUCUGGGAUAAUCGAGGCGGUGUGCAUCGGCUGGUUCACGGCGGAGUGCAUCGUGCGCUUCAUCGUGUCAAAGGACAAGUGCAAGUUCAUGCGUCGGCCCCUGAACAUCAUCGACAUGCUGGCUAUCACCCCGUACUACAUCUCUGUGCUGAUGACGGGGCUGACCGGUGAGAACUCGCAGCUGCAGCGGGCCGGGGUGACCCUGCGCGUGCUCCGCAUGAUGAGGAUCUUCUGGCUCAUCAAGCUGGCCCGUCACUUCCUGGGGCUGCAGACCCUGGGGCUGACGCUGAAGCGCUGCUACCGUGAGAUGGUCAUGCUGCUGGUCUUCAUCUGCGUGGCCAUGGCCAUCUUCGGGGCUCUGUCCCAGCUGCUGGAGCAUGGGCUGGACCUGGACAUGGGUAACGAGGACUACGCCAGCAUCCCCGCUGCUUGCUGGUGGGUUAUUAUCUCCAUGACCACGGUUGGCUAUGGAGACAUGUACCCCAUCACCAUGCCCGGGAGGGUGCUGGGAGGGGUCUGUGUGGUCAGCGGCAUUGUCCUGCUGGCAUUGCCCAUCACCUUCAUCUACCAUAGCUUCGUCCAGUGCUACCAAGAACUCAAAUUCCGCUCCGCGCGCUGCAGCAGGAGCCUGUCUGCAGAGUUCUUAAACUGAUCCUGACA